AACAGUUAGGCACCAAUGGGUUCCACUCACCAUCCUCCCCACAUAGCUCCUAUUUAUUAGACUUGUCCACCCUCUACUGGUGUUAUAAAGACAUUACAAACCUUAACUUCUGUGGUUACAAAACACAAACACAUGGCUUGUGUAACUCAAAAUCAGCUGUUUGGUAACUGGUACUGGGAGGUAGGUUCAGGACGUGGAGCGCGUUAUUUGCUAUAUGCUGGAGUUUAAACUAGACCUAUAGUUAGCCUACUAUAGCAUUUUAUAGCUUUAAUCUAUCAUUACCUGACACUGGAAGAUGCCUCCUUCUGCGGCUGCAGACGACGAAAGUAAAGCCUUGGUGAGAAAGACGUUAAGGGAAGUGCUGGUGGGUCGAGAGGAUCCGGAGGGGUUCUUUGCGAUGUGUGUGUCGGCUCUGGGGAACCAGGAGACUCGGUCACAAUUCAUGUCCCUCAUCCAGCCCCUGUCCACGGCCAACCGCUCCCUGCACUCCACCCUCACCUCCAUCUACAAAAAGUAUUUCUCUGAGACUGAGGAUGAUGAACUGGAACUUGCAUUGGCUCUCUCUCUACUGGAAAUGAAAGAUCACCAGCUGUCAACCACCAGCCAAGAUUUCCGAAUACAGCAACCUGGAGACAGACUGAAUCAGAGUAGCUCCCUUCAACUGACCUCGGGAAAUAGGAGAAAAAACUCAUCAGAAAACUCAUCAACAACACCUCAGACAACCAAAGAAACUGAGCUUCAGAAAAUCACACAUGUUGAGAAAUGUAAAAAGGAGACUCCAGGGACAAGUCUGACUGUGUGUGUCUCCAGACUGUCUGGCUCAUCUUCCAAGCAAGACCGAGUUAAAGAAGGUGACCAAAAGAUCGAUGACAACGAUCAGUCAGAGAAACCAAAACGCUCUAAGAACAGGCGACAUCGGCGUAAAGGUGCUGGCCAGCAGGUUGUAGGUUUGACCUGUUCUCCAUCAGCACAACCACCGGUGCUGCUGUGGUUCAGGAGGGACUUGCGACUUGGGGACAACCCUGCUCUUAUUGGGUCAUUGGAGGUUGGUGCACCUGUCAUCCCCGUCUUCAUCUGGAGCCCUGAAGAAGAGGAGGGACCCGGGAUCACAGUGGCUGUUGGGGGAGCUUGUAAAUACUGGCUUCAUCAAGCAUUGUCUUGUUUCUCUUCAUCUCUCGAGCGUAUUGGCAGCCAUUUAGUUUACCUCCAGGCAAAUGGAUCUUCUCUGCAUACUAUUAAGGAGCUAGUAGAGCAGACAGGGGCAAGAACAGUCUUGGCAAAUGCCCUCUAUGAGCCCUGGCUGAAGGAAAGGGAUGAUAUGGUGGUGUCAGCCCUUCAGAAAGAUGGUGUUGAAUGCAGGAUGUUCCACUCAUACUGUGUCAGAGACCCUUACUCCAUCAGCACGGAGGGUGUGGGACUCAGAGGAAUCGGUUCAGUGUCUCACUUCAUGAGCUGCUGUAGACAGAACCCAGGGUCUGGGUUAGGGGUCCCACUGGACCGUCCUGCAUCUCUCCCCACACCUGCCCACUGGCCUCAGGGCGUCUCUUUGGACUCGUUAGGCCUAGCACGCAUGCCCCGCAGGAGGGAUGGCACAGUGAUCGACUGGGCUACUAACAUCCGUAAAUCCUGGGAUUUCAGUGAAGACGGAGCAUGUGCCCGGCUAGAGGCUUUUCUGAAUGAUGGUGUUUAUAGAUAUGAAAAAGAGUCGGGCAGGGCGGAUGAACCGAAUACCAGCUGUCUGUCUCCCUACCUUCAUUUUGGUCAGCUCAGCCCACGCUGGCUGUUGUGGGAUGCCAAAGGGGCACGCUGUCGACCCCCAAAGUUCCAACGCAAACUGGGGUGGAGAGAUCUGGCUUACUGGCAGCUAACGUUGUUUCCUGACCUCCCCUGGGAAUCCCUCAGACCUCCUUACAAGGCUCUGCGGUGGAGCAGUGAUCGCAGCCACCUGAAGGCCUGGCAGCGAGGGCAAACAGGGUACCCUCUGGUGGAUGCAGCCAUGAGGCAGCUGUGGCUGACAGGCUGGAUGAACAACUACAUGAGACACGUGGUGGCGUCUUUUCUUAUAGCAUAUCUCUACCUGCCCUGGCAAGAAGGCUAUCGCUGGUUCCAGGACACCCUAGUGGAUGCAGAUGUUGCCAUAGAUGCUAUGAUGUGGCAGAAUGGGGGCAUGUGUGGUUUGGAUCACUGGAACUUUGUCAUGCACCCCGUUGACGCUGCAAUGACCUGCGACCCCUAUGGCAGCUAUGUUAGGAAAUGGUGUCCUGAACUUGCAAAUCUACCUGAUGAGCUUAUUCACAAACCCUGGAAAUGUCCCCCAUCCAUGCUUCGACGUGCUGGUGUGGUGUUUGGCCAGACGUAUCCUGAGCGAAUAGUUACAGACCUGGAAGAGCGAAGGAAUCAUUCUCUGCAAGAUGUAGCUCUGGUGCGGAAAGAGUAUAGACAAUAUGUGGACAAGCGCUCAGGCUGUGACUUGGUGCCUCUGCCUCCACGUCUGGUCUCUGAGGCUCUGGGCUUAUCACACAUGGAUGGCGGUGUGGUGACAGAAGGGAAGCAGUUCCUGUUCCCAGUUAUCACCCGCAUGGAAUUCAAACACCAGCUUGAAGAUCCAGAUGCAGAUGCUGCCUCGAAUCCCUACAAUGCUGUUCUUAAAGGAUAUGUGAGCCGCAAGAGGGAUGAGACCAUUGCCUUCCUUAAUGAGAAAGACUUUACUGCCAGUGUGAUGAAUGAGGGAGUUCAGAGGAAGGAGAGGCUGGAGAGCAAUUAUCGCAGAAUAGAGGGACUCCCUCGGCCUCCUGCACCUCAGGGCAGGGCCAGGCGAACUCCAACAGCCAAGGACAGGUUUUCCAUAGUACCAGGUGGGGCAGUCUUUUCACACAGGUGACCCAGAGAUCAAGACUAAGAGUUUGCAGGUUCUAAGUGACCAGACAGUUACUGGCUGUAAAAUGCACUAUUACAAAAUGUUACGGAACAAUUAUCUUUAAAAUGAAGAAAAAAAUCUAUGCUGGAUUUAAGCCAUGCUCUCGAAAAAGCCCAAUUUGCUCUGAUUAGCUUGCAAGAAUAAAUAUAUUGCACCUUUGCCAACGAGGCUAAAAACGGUUGAAGUUAUAGGGUGAAAUGGUGUCAUAUAAUUGGGGUAAAACACGUGUGUGCAGUGUAACUGGAACUGGAAUUUUGCGGGGUUACAGUAGACGGUGCUAGAAUUAAAGGGAUGGAUGCCAAACCUGACAGAACCAAAGUGUUAUAUGCUCCUUCACCACCAUGCACCACCUGACCAGAUUUUAUGUGUGUACGUGUUGUAUCUGAAUGACAUGAUUAUUUGAUACUGUGACUUAUCUUUUUACCCUUGCUUGUUGAAUCCCAUGUUCUCUGACAAUGGCAGCCUGUAAAACUGACUGGGUUGUCUUUAUUUCAUAUUUUGUGGGUUGUAUGUACUUUUUUUUUUUUUAAGUGGGCAAAAAGACUUUUGGUGCAUCCCAGGUCAUUUUCAAAAUAGAGGCUCGUUUUUAAGAGUUUACAAACAAACAAAACAGAUUUAGGGAGUUGGAGGUGGCACCAGACUCCAAUUUUGUUUUGAAUUUUGAUUGAGGGACUACAGUACGGCUGGAAAUAUGUGUUUGUGUGUUAAACUGUUUAAUUGAUGCAAAUGUCUGUGUAACACCAAAGAACCUGUGUAGUCACAUGACUGAAAUGACAAGAGGUAUUUUAAAAAGAAAACCCUGGCAAGUUUUAUAAUGUAUAGUCUAAACUUUAGUAAAUAAAAAUGAAACCACAAUGUC